UAAAGCUUGAUUAACGGUGCUUGCAAAUGUGUGUGUGUGCGUGCCUGUCACACACAUACACAUGUACGCAGGCGCAGCAGGAAUUCGUUUGUUUUGAGAGAGAGAGAGAGAGGCAAGCCACGCCCCCGCGCCGCAGAGCGCGUGCGAGAGCGACUACACCCGCCGGCGGGUUAGACUAAAGAGAGAGCAAGAGAGAGAGAGAGAGCGAGAGCGAGAGAGCGAGAGCGUGCAUUAGCAUUGAGCGCGCAUGUGUGCAAAACAAAAGCUAAAUGCUAUGAAAAUGCAAAUGGCAGACAAUGCGUAAAGAUCAACUGCGAGUGCGAGCGAGACAGCGCAUAUAAUUUAAAAUAAAACAAGAAACUAAAACUAAAACUAAAACUAAAAAAUUAUUAUCAAUGUAAAAUCGUAUGUACUAUAAAGAGUAAAAUGCAAAAAACUAACAAAAAAAACAAGAAAAAACGUAAUAAAUACAUUUACAUAGAUGUUGCAAAAACAAAAAUGAAAAGAAAAAACCAAAAAAAAAAAACCAUCACCAACUUUUGUCCAUCAGAAAUUUAGUUUAUUUUUUUUUUAAACGGCUUAACACAAAAUUCAGAGACAUUACUUUUAUCGGAAAAAUAUUUAUAUACAUAGAGAGAGAGAGAGAACCCAAGCAGCCCACUGCUCUAAUGUUGCUGGACGCCAUCAUUUGGUUACCCACACUAUUCACCUACAUAUUGUUCCUGCUCAUACUGAUCAUACUGUUCUUCAUUGUCGCCUAUGUUAGCCACAAGAUCUACAUAUCCAUCUAUGACAAUCUGCCCUUGCCGGCGGCGCCUGGCUCGCGCUACUCGAAUCGUGUGCAAUCGGCACGUUCCGAAUCAUUCGGCAAUCAGAUGAGCGCACGCUCCCUUUGGAUACAGAAUCGCUCCCAGAUCUAUGAAUCAUCAGUGGUCCGCAUUACACUCACUGUGGAGGCCUGCUAUCUGGUCAGCGUCGAGCUGGACAUCUAUAAGAAUCCCAGCCAGCGUGGCAUUAGUUUUAUGUGCAACUGCAAGACGGACGUUGACAGGUGCGGCGCCGUCGUCCCCAGGGCGGCGUCCAGUGUGCGCGUGCUCAAGUACUACGAUCAUUUGUCCAGUGUGCCACGUCUUAAAGCUCUGCUGCGCAGCAAUGAGCGCAAGAAUAUGCGCCUGGUGCUCGACGAUGUCAUCAAGGAUGUGUGUAGCACAGAUCCAUUGCCGGCCUGCUCUGCGGCCAUCAGUGAGAAUUGAGACGUCGAGGCGAACAAUUGAACGAGCCGCAAGCGUUGCCAACUGUGCGUGUGCGCGAGCGAGCGAACUAGCUAUAGCAAAGCUCGGGCCAAAGUUCUUUGUGCGAGACAGUUCGAUAGCGAGUGCGAGCGGGAGAGGGAGAGAGAGGGCCAGGGGCAGCUGUCCACAGUGGGCUCGCUUGCAUUUUAAAUUAGAGUCUCAUCUUUUAAUUGUUGUUCGAUAGAACGUGUUUUACUCUUUAUAAUAUUAUAUUGUGUCUUUAUUUUUGUAUGGAUAAAA